GUUCGUCCGCGGGGGCGACGGCUGCGCGCUUCCGCUUCCACGCCGCCUAGCGCCGGCUGUGCGUCACCGUCAUCUCCUGUCAACUCCGCGCAGUGAUGGCGGCGGCGGACGACACCGACAUGAUGAUGAACUACCACGGCGACUUCUUAAAAACCGACAGGAAAAACAGCCGCUACCCCUACUGCAUUGUCUGGACACCUAUUCCCAUUUUAUCGUGGGUGCUCCCCUUCAUUGGUCACAUGGGUAUAUGCACCUCUUCCGGAGUCAUACGAGAUUUUGCAGGAUCAUACUUUGUCUCGGAGGACAACAUGGGCUUUGGUAGACCAACAAAGUAUUGGAAGCUUGAUGUGGACAAAGUCUGUGGUAACGGAGCUGCCACAUGGGAUAAAGCCGUGCACGAUGCGUCUGAGGAAUACAAAUGUAGGCCGCACAAUCUAUGCUUUGAUAACUGCCAUUCCCACGUUGCAAUGGCCCUCAACCUUAUGCGCUACAACAACAGCACGUCUUGGAACAUGGUGAACCUGUGCUUGCUGUCUCUCAUUAAUGGAAAACACGUGAGCUGGGCAGCGUUCCUCAAGACCUGGCUGCCGUUCCUCAUGUUGUGUGGAGUACUCGCCACCUUCAUCCUAACAUUCAACCUACAGUAAUGGAGCGAGCAGAACAAUGGGAUGACUCACAGAGUUUGCUUAUACUUUAUACAUUGUCAUUGACAUGAAUGAUGUGCUUUCACGGGACAUUUGUUCAUACAAAAAAUACCACAUGAAGGACUUAAUGACCUGUAGUGAUCCGUAGUGAUCUAGUUUCUAGGAGGGUAAAUCGGGUCAGCCUAGCUGUUUCUGGGUAGUUAUGAAAUCAAAAAAUAGUUUUACUUUUUUUUGUUAUUUACGUAUUUAUGAAUAAGUAAGGUUUUAGCUACAGUAUUUACAAAACAUCUCUUCAAUAUUUACCAUUACUGUUGUUUUUUUUGUUUUUUGUUUUUUUACACAUACUGGGUUCUGUGUUUUUGUUUAACUUGUUAAGAGGAUUAUGAGGGAAGAACACUACAGGAGGGCAAUGGUGGUGAGUUCCAGUUCUGUAUUUUUCAUGGAUGGUAACGAUGAAUGUGUCUCCAGUCUGGCUAAUGUGCAUUUCAUUAGUGAACGGCCACGAAAUGGACCACAAAAUCCUAAUGCUGAAAUGUAUUCAUCAAUUAUUUGUCUAAGAGAUAUGAGCUACUACCAAAGAUAGACUGAUGUAGGACCCACAUGUGAAAAAAAAGUGAUAUUGUCCUCCUCCCUCCAAUCUACUUUCCUCUGGUGUAUAAAAGACAAAUGUGUGAAGGGGUUUUUUUUUUUUCCUUUAACGUGUCUGUAAUGCUUGCUUUUCUCCAGACAGAAAUUGAAUGCUUUCAAACUAUGAGCAAUACUACAUUACAUUAUUAGGUAUUAUUUAUUUUGUUGUUUUUAAUGCAAUGUACCUGAAAGAGUAUUAUUUAUUAUUGUGUAUCUCUCUAUCAGUUUAAAAUUUCUCUUUGGAUGUGCUUUAGCCUUUUUUACGUCUCCCCUGUCAGACUGUGGUGUAGGUCACGGGCUGUGGACGCCCUAAUCGUCGUCUGUACCUUUAAGGAAAGCACGUACCUUUUUCAUCCGUGACAUGGACUAACCGUCAAUUUACAGGAACCUUUAUUCCCGGAGUAGAGCAGAAAAGGAGGGACUGAUGCUGGAGCGAGCAGUCUUUGCUGCCUCUGCAGUAGUUGAUUAGUUUGUGAGAACAAAAAGCUUAGCAUAAAAUUUAGAAUUUCACUUAUUAAUUUACAUGGAAUCAAGUUUUUCUCUGCUGUAAUUCAUACU